CCGCAACCUAACACGCCACCUGUGCCCGUCGCCGUCCUGGGUUUAGUUGAGCCGCCCCGCUUCCUUCCCAUUUUGGCGUCUCGAAGCCAGCAGAUUAAUCACCUCUCUCGAUCCACAAAUCCCUCCCUCCCUCUCCAUUCCGCUCCCUGGAAUCGAGGGGCGCGGGAGGACACCGCGAGGCGCGCCGGCUCCUAGGGUUUCCCGGCCGGGUGGGGGGCUCCGAUCCGUGCGGGCGGGCAUGAGGAUUCGGGAGCUCCGGGAUGGGCUGGAGGUGGAGGAGGACGAGCGGGCCGAGGAGGCGAGCGGCGGCGAGGUCGUCGCGGUUGUGCGGCUGAAGGCGAAGCGCGCGCUCGUCGGCGCCGGCGCGAGGUUCCUGUUCUACCCGACGCUGCUCUACAACGUCGUCCGCAACCGGUUUGAGGCCGAGUUCCGCUGGUGGGAUCGCGUCGACCAGUAUGUUUUGCUAGGUGCUGUUCCGUUCCCUAGCGAUGUUCCUCGCCUGAAGCAACUUGGAGUUAGAGGAGUUGUCACAUUGAAUGAACCCUAUGAAACUCUGGUUCCAACAUCCCUAUACCAGUCUCAUGGUAUCAAUCAUCUUGAAAUUCCCACAAGGGACUACCUGUUCGCCCCCUCUCUAGAGCAUAUUUGUCAGGCAGUGGAUUUUAUCCAUCGGAAUGAAAUGCAAGGUGGUAGCACAUAUGUCCACUGUAAGGCUGGAAGGGGACGAAGCACCACUAUUGUUUUGUGCUUUCUGAUCAAGUACAGGAAUAUGACUCCUGAAGCAGCUUUGGAUCAUGCACGAUCUGUGAGGCCCAGAGUGCUUUUAGCGCCAGCACAAUGGGAGGCUGUUAAAACGUUCAGCACACUGAACGCCACUCACGACACCAGAUGCCUUUCGAUUCAGAGCUCAAAACCAACCUGCCCAGCACUAUCUUAUGAAGAAUCCAGUGAACACUUUGGCACGCUGACCAGCAGAUGCCUUUCCAUACAGAGCUCAGAUGAAGACUCCUCAGUAACAUCUGAUGAAGAAUCUAGUGAAGCAUCCGUCACAGACCCUGAAAUUGAUGGCUACGCCACCACCGAGUUUGACAGCGAGCAUUUUGUUUUGCCUCGCUGCCGGAGUAUGCUGUCCAGGCCGACAAGCCCCACCGGGUGCAGUGACUUAGUCUUCAUAACUGAAGCAGAUCUCGAGGGCUACGAGUCCUUCACUGAUGUUGGGGAGGAUGAUGUUGAAGACGGAGUGGAAGUAGUAGUCCGCCACAAGCCCAUCAUGAGGAAGCUCUCCUGCUUCCUUGGGUCCUUGAAGCUCACAAGCAACUGCGAACCCCCACCGAGUCGUUUGACUGAGGUUCGAGCCUGCUAGGUAGAUCUGCAAUGGUUUCUGCGAUCCUUUUUGUACGUUGUGCAUCGGCAGAGUGUAAUUAGCGGCAUGAGUUUGCAAAGCCAGCGGAAUUCCCUCGGGAGAGAACUGUAUGUUGUUGAGAGAGCUUUGGUCUUCGGGAGAGAAGUGUUUGUUCUGUAGAGAGCCAAAGGUUUGGCCAUCGGGAGAGAACUGUUUGUUUGUUCUGUGGAGAAUGAGAUACUUGCAUUCCUGCCUGAUUGUAGGUUGUACCUAGUGUUUUCCUGGAAUAAAAUGGUGUGCAUGUUUUGAGCGAA